AGCAGAGCAAGCAGACUGAAUUGUCUCCUCCUCCUGCUCUCUAAUCGGAACCAGAUGCUUCCUCGUGGACUGUUUUUAACCUCACGCGCCUCCCCUCCCUUUCUAGAGGGUUCGGGCUGUUCUGGUCCAGUUCUUCGUGCUGCUGAUUCCUCCUCACGCGUCCAGUUUAACUUUUGGUCUUCAUCAGCUGACGUCACAAAAGACAAAAGAAACCGCGAGCUAUACCGCCGUGAACCCCGCUGGACCUCACGGAGCACGGGACCGGAGGAGGGUCCGAAUUCGACCGCUUGAACACGUGACUGGUUGCGGAUCAGUGUUUUUGGGACUGUUCGGACACGAGUCGACACUUCUCCGAGUUGGGCUCAGAUCAGACCGGCACCAGAAGAGUCCCGCUGAUGUUUGCCCGUGAUGAAGGUGAUGAGGAGGUGAUGAGGAGGUGAUGCGGCGCCUCCUCAUGGUCCGCCGGUGCUGCUCCGGUCCGCUGCUGCUGCUGCUCGGUUUGUCGGUGUGUCUCCUCCUCGAGACCCUCAUGGGGGCCCGAAACCGGCUCCGGUCCGGACCGCGGCCCGCCGCCGACCUCCAGAACCAGGGGAGGCCUCGGCAGGAGGUUGCGAUGGAGGAGACGCAGAGGUGGGUCUCCUCUCUGGAGGCUCUGCGCGGAGAGACGCAGGUCCGGUUCUGGUCUCAGAAGGGGCGUCGGGCCGUGGUUCUGAUGGGUCGUCAGCUGGGGUCCGACCCGGAGGUACAGCUGUACCAGCGGGUCCUGCAGGAGAUGGACUACGAGGUCCAGCUCUCCAGAUACGCAGAGACCAGCAGCUUCCUGCGAACCAACCACGGUGUGAGGGGGUGGAGCCUGUUACUGUGUCUCAGUAGUUCAGAGAGAAGCUGUCUGAGGAGAAUCUCCUUCUCUCACCUGCAGCAUCAUCAGAGGGUAAAUUUGUUGCCCAGGGUGAUACAGGCUUUCUCUGAUGUAGGUGAAGGAUUGUGUCACUUCUACACCCAAUUAAACCUGACAGGUUCUGAAUUACCCAUGAUGCCACAUGCUUGUGGAUCGACCAACCAGAAGCUGCAGGCCCCCCAGGCAGUUUUGAGAGCCGAUAGACCCUCACCUGACGGAGCUCCGCCUCCUCCUCUGGUUGCCAUCGUGAAUGUUUACGUCCUGGUGACGUCGGUGAGGCCGCUGACUUCCUUCCUGCAUGAUGUCAGCGUGGUCACAACCAAUCAGGAGCAGCAGGGACGGCCCACAAAGCUCAGGAACUUCCUGCGGCAGCAGCUGGGACCCACCGUAUCCCAUCAUGCUUUGGGGCAGGUAAAGAAGGUGAUAGGUGAUGUGCUGCUGGCCGCGCUGUCAACCAAUCAGAAGCAACAGACUCACAGCAGGUGUGUGUUGUGUUACCAGCUGCUGACCUUCACCCUGCUCUUCAGGGGCUCCAUCACUCCGGUUGUAACCCAGGUGGAGACUGACCUAACAUUUUCUUCUCUGAGCCGAGACUCCUUUGAGGGGCAGAUUACCAGAGACCUGAUUCUGGAGGAGACGCUGCGCUUCCUGCACCUGUCCGCAGAGACACACCUGUCCCCAGAGACACACCUGUCCCCAGAGACGGGCACACAGGCGUACGGUGACUGCAGAGGGACACAUGGUGUCUGUUUGUCAGAGGAUGAGUUUCUUUUUCUGCUUCAGUUCCAUCGACAGAUGAGGACGCAUUCGGCUUUUCAGCUGAUGUAUCCCAGCUCCUCAUCCUCCUCCACUGGUCCUUCCAGCGUCUCAGAUCUACUGAUCCAAAUCAAUCAAUUCUAUGAACUUCAGAGGAACCAGAGCUACAAAACCGAUCACACAGAAGAACGGACCAAUCAGGAGCCAGCUGUAUCUCCUUCUCAGAAAGGGUUCGACCGUGGAGGACCCUGUUUGGACCCCCUCCUAAGGCAGAUCUACACUGCCCCCCCCCUCACCCUGACUCCGCCCUUCAGCCCCUGGGUGAAGGAGUAUCGCUCCAAGGUAACAUUUGACACGGUGACGGUUCGAAUCCGCCCGCAGCCCGUCAGCUCAGCAUGCCAGGUCCACCUGGACGAGCACCGAGGCCCCAGGAUGGCAAACUACCCAGUUGGCCUAGGUAACAGCAGGAUCAGCAUCCUGGUGACGGACGACAGCGGGCUGGAGCCCGUUGUCAUGAAAAUCUACACUGUCCACGUGUACCGGGAGAGCCGACCCAGUCUGCCAAUGUUCGGGGAGCAUGUGACAUGUGGCUUCCUGCAGGACUGUGGUCUGCUGGUUCAGCCUGGUCGAUCUUGUGGUCUCCAGCCUCUCAUCAAGACUCAGAGUCCACUUCAGACCUGCAGCUCUGGACAUGAACCAGGUAGGUGGGUGGUUCCGUGUCUCAGCUGUUCUGACAACAGAACGUGUGAUUGGAGGGAGGUUGCUUGGCAACCAGACAGCUGUUAUUACCCGUUGGUGGAUCGGCGCCUGCUUCAGGACUGUCUGACGGACAGGAAGGUGUUGUUCAUUGGUGACUCGACCAAUCGAGGGAUGAUGUACUUCCUGAUGGAACGGUUGAACUCCAGUCUGGAGGACUGGGGGAAAGCCCACGACACGCUGGUCUACAGGAACCUGAACAGGGACCAGACCCUGGUCAGCUACUCAUACUACCCUCAGUUCUGGUUGGAGAAGAAUCAGAGGCCUACCUUCAGACAAGCUUUGCUGCAGCUGAUCGGCCGGUCAAGACCUCUAGUGAACUCCAACCGGACCGUCCUGGUGGUGGGAGGAGUCCAGUGGCUCAGCACUGAUCACCUAAAGACGGUCAGAGAGGUGCUAAACAGCGAGUCUCUUGGAGAUGUCCUGGUGUUGGUGAAGUCCUUGGGGAUGGGCUUCCAUCUACCUGUGGACGGGAUCCGCUCCCUCAAUCUGAGAGAGGUCCAGGACCUCUACAGGGAGAACCAGAACGUCAUCGCUACCGCAAUGCAUCAUGGUUACGAGGCAAUCGACACGUUCGGCAUCACAAUGGGUCGAUACAAGGAGUUUAUGCAGGGUCGGUGCGCCUGCCACUUUCAUGAGGUGGUGAAGUUCUGGCCCUCCAGGCUCUUAGACGACCCAACGUCUACGACUAGAUCCACCGGAACAAGACCUGAACUCAGCAACCAAUCAGAUGAGCCGGACACUGUCCAGAGGGUGUGGCCUAAAGUGUUGUCCUAUCACGUGAGGGGACCAGUGAACCAGGUGUACUCUGAGAUCCUGCUGAGCCGCCUGUGUCCCCAAACCAGAGGCUGAACUCCUGUGUGUGUGGUUGUGUGUGUGUGUGUGUGUGUGUGUGUGUGUAUGUGUUUGUGUGUGUGUGUGUGUGUGUACGUGUGUGUGUGUGUGUGUAUGUGUGUGUGUGUGUGUGUGUGUGUGUGUGUGUGUGUGUGUGUGUACGUGUGUACGUACCCAGAUUCAAAGUUCCAAGAUGAGAUGAUAAAAACACCCUCCCCCACACGGUGAAGUCGGUAACCAUAAUAAUAAUAAUAUCUCACAUUGAAUGACUAAUAGGUCCUCCUGUCUGU